CUGGACAAGGUGAAGUGGAGAACGUUAGGUACGCGGUUGCGAUCUGUCAGUCUACUCGCGGAUCGCGAUCGUAGUAAACCUGCGAAUCUGGGAUAUCCUCCAGCAGACGAGGAGACGGUCAUUAGUUAUUUGUUCCAAUAUUUAAAAUCCAUUAGCCCUAUAGUUUGUCCACAAAAAUUAAUUUUUUCUCCUUUUCAAAGUGCGAAUCACGUGUCCCUGCUUUCACCGCACGCUAUUAACAAAUCGACACCGCCUCAGUUACCUGUAGACACUCGGUAACGUCUUUAUAUAAUUCAGAUGAGGUAUGGGAAACAUGUAAAGAACAAAUUGAAAGUUCUCGUUUUUUUCGCGUGAUUCGUUGACACCGAAAUUAUUCGCGUUGAAGUAGAACAGCCACAGCCCGAAAAGAUGACGGGAUCCUCUGCUACUGAUCAGCAUAACAUAAGUAACGGUCAAAAGUUGACACCGUGUGAUAAAAAUGGAACGAUAAAUUCGCCAACUGAACCAAUCUCAAAAUGGAGAGAGGCGGCUCCUCAAAUCCUUGCUGUCGCAGCGAAAAACCUCCUCCUUAUCGGGUUCGGCUGCACCCUUGGCUUUUCGACCAUCCUCAUUCCAGAAUUACAGAAACCUGAACCUGAAAUCUUCGUCACGCUCGAGGAACUGACCUGGAUCAGUAGCAUGAAUUUGAUCUUGGUGCCGGUGGGUUGCCUGGGCAGCGGCUUCAUAUCGCAGUAUCUGGGAAGGCGAAAAACCAUGAUGCUGGCUAAUGGACCGUUCGUAGCUGCCUGGCUUCUCUAUCACUACGCUUACAAUUCCACAAUGUUAUUCUGCGCCCUCGCGUUGACAGGGUUGACCGGAGGUCUGCUCGAGGCUCCGGUAUUAACUUACGUUGCAGAAAUCACCCAGCCGCACCUCAGGGGAAUGCUGGCGGCAACAUCGACGACUGCCGUAAUUUUUGGCGUGUUUAUACAGCUUUUUGCUGGCAGCUUAACCAACUGGAGGACCGUCGCCUUGAUUAACAUGGCACUGCCAGCGUUCUGCUUCAUUUCCCUCCUAAUGAUUCCUGAAAGUCCCCAUUGGCUCAUCGGCAAGGGUCGUUUCGACGAAGCCGUAAAAUCUCUGCGCUGGCUCCGAGGCUGGGUGAGCGAAUCCCACGUCAACGACGAGUACAACGGUCUUUGCGAGUCCAUUCGACGACCGUUGGCAAACGGAGAGCUCGAUGCCGGUGAUAGCAAGUGGAAACCCUACGCGAACCGUUCCUUCUACGUUCCAUUCUUUUUGGUCUGCUGGGGGUUCUUCGUUGGAAAUUUCGGAGGAAUGGCUGCUCUUCAAACAUUCGCAGUCUUCAUAUUCUCCGAACUCAAAGCUCCCAUAGACGAGUAUACAGCCACGGUCUUACUCGGCGCUGCCGAACUCAUCGGCACUUUAUCCUGCGUGAUGUUGAUACACUUUACGGGAAAACGGAAAUUAUCGAUAUUCUCUACUCUCGGCACCAGUGCCUGCUAUCUCAUUGCCGCAAUCUACAAGUCAAUGCUCGACCAUGGGACCAUUGAGAAUACCGAGCACGCCUGGUUACCAACUUACGCCUUGAUCGUAUCCGCUUUCUUAUGUCAUGUAGGAAUAAGGCUGCUGCCUUGGAUUCUCAUCGGCGAAGUUUUCGCACCAAGUGUUCGCAGUGGAGCAUCCGGAGCUUCAAGUUCAUUCGCGUACGUCUGUACGUUCCUUGUGAACAAGGUUUUCCUUUACAUGGUCAACGGGAUAACGUUGGCUGGAACUUUUUGGUUUUACGCGGUGGUGGGUCUCGUCGGGUCACUUGUGAUAUACUUUAUCCUUCCGGAAACUGAAGGUCGAACCCUGCGUGAGAUCGAGGAUCACUUUUGCGGCAUUCGCAAUUUAAAUGAAAGACCCGAAAAGCCAGCGCUACCUGGCAAGCAGAGAUGGGCAGCCACGAAUCCUAUACCGGUCACGGAUGACAUCGAGAGCAAACUUUGAUCAUGCAUAGUCCUGUAAUUCGCAGGAUCGAUUUCCAGAGUUACAUCUAUGAAUUAUCUUCAACUGAAAACUGGUGAUUCGACAUUCGAAACCAUUGAUGCUGAUGUUGUACUCGGUUCCAGCAGUUUUAAAUGGCCCAUGUCGUAAUACUUUAGCCCUCAAUUAACCAAUAGUGUUGGAUAAUUAUCAAAAGUUAAAAACCAAUUUUUCGGCAUCACCACACACAUGAAGACAUGGUGGCUCGGACCGUAAUACUGAAGU